AUACUAGUUUUAAUUCUAAUCGCUUUGAAUACGAUUAAAAAGUACUGUCCUCCUCUACUUAUCUUUUGGUUUUGGGAAAAUCCCACCAACAUCACGGGUCACGCGUUGUUUAAAACAUUGAUAAUAGAGGUUAAUCAUCAAACACAAUUGAAUUAGCAAAAUUUUAUUGUAUCUACCCAAUACUCAUCAUCACCCGAAGAACAUAAUUUAUACUGUUCCAAUAAUAAUGACUCAGUUUUUUCUCUCGGCCAUUAUUAUCUCUUUAGUUUCUCUAUCAGCAUUCGCUUGGCAUCCCAGACAUAAUGUAACUGAAAAACAUAGCAUCGUCCGACGAAAUGCAAACACCGAAUAUACAACAAUUGUCAAUUUCUGGCAAGAACACAAAAAAGAACUCAAUUCAAAUACCAACCAUGAAGAAGUUGUUUUGGUAAUGGGAAAUACUGGCGCAGGAAAAACUACACUCGUAUCGGCUUUAGUUGGACGGAAAAUACGAGCUACCAGAGAACGUGGUUAUCCAGAAUAUGUUGAUGAUGAAGGAAAAAUUGGAAGAGGCACCUCAUCCAAAACCCUCGUUCCUGAAGCAAUGAUUGAUGGCAGAAACAAUGUAACCUACAUCGACACUUCAGGAUUUCGAGACAAUCGAAAUAUUGAAUACGAAAUUUCUUCAAUAUAUUUUCAAAAUAUUCUCAUGAAUCGUGUGAAAAAGGUAAAAUUCGUCUUCGUCAUUAGUUAUGAUUCCCUCAAGAAUUCUGGAAACAAAAAUGAUUUUGACGAUUUACUAGAACGUAUUGGUGAAUUUAUCAAAAAUGUUACCAAGUUCCAUGAUGGAAUAGCAUUGGUUGCAACUAAAGUCGAAAAUACCUAUGAACAAUCUGAUGAUGGUGGGUUUUUUUUGGUCAAUGACAACCAAUCCGUUCUAGAAGGUAUUGGUAAUUAUUUAAGAGAAAAACGAGAAACUUAUAGUCGUAAAAAAGAGAAUCCUGAAAAGUAUAGAAUGUUUGUGAGAUUGAUAGAUGCCUUGUUGGAAAAGAAAAACAACUCUUAUUCAAAAAUUGCCAUUUUUCGACAGCCUACUGGUCAAGGAUUAUUGACAAAGAUUAAAAGUGCAAAUGCUGAAAUUAAUGCCAUUGCCAAAAUGAUACUAGAAAAUCUAAACUAUGUUGAAAAAAACAAGGAUGACUUUGGAUUUGCACUGUCCAAAAAUUCAAAAAACACUGUUGACCGAAUAGUGAGUGAUAUGUUUAGAGACACUUUAACAAAUCGUUUAUACAAAUUGGGCAAUGAGACUCUAACGCACUUUGAACAAAUAGAAAAGCAACAUAGUGAUAUUGGAUAUUUACGUGACCAAAUUUUAUUUGCUGUCGAUGUUUUAGCCAAAAUACAAAAUGCAAAUGAACCACUUGAACUAUUUCAAAACUUUUUGAAUGCAACCAAUUUUUUGAAUAUAUUUGUAUCAUUGAAUAAUUUGAACAUCAUUUCUGAAGACAUCAAAGCCUUGCAGUUCUUUACAACAGUGUCAAAUACUAAUGGAGACUUAAACAUGAUGUUUUUGAAAGCCGAAACUCAAAAUAUUGUACAAUAUAUCGAAAAUAUGAGUACAUUUUAUGAAUUUUUACAAAAUUUGCAAACAAAUUUAGAUUCAUACAGUGCACAAAAAUUAAAACAUGAUCCGCGCAUCUCCAAUAUUAUGAGAUCAUGCAAAAGCUCAAAGAGAUUGUCUCUUCAGAAUAUUAUGAAUUUAGAAAGUGUUGUCAAGGAAAUUGGUAGUGAUGGAAUUUAUAGGAAAAUCAGUACAUUUGUACUCAACGAAUAUCAAUUGAAGCAUUUAAGAUCGGUUUUUGGUACUUUUGAGAAUGAACUGGAUGUUUUAUGUCAAACUCCGUCGACACCAAUGAUAGUUAAGGGAUUCAAUAUUAAAAUGAGCGAUGUGGUUAAAAUUGAUUGCUGGUCGCAGGCAAACAACAUACAAAUCUUUGCAUUGAACAGAAUUUUUCUAGACACUUCCAUUGACAAAACAGGGGAAGAGACUCAAUUAUCUAUAAUUGCGCCAACAUGGGAAGUUCUUGGUGAACGGAAUAUUAUUUUGGAUGGAAAGACAGGAAGCCCACAUGAGAAACCUAGUGCAGAUUCAGCUUUUGCAAAUAUUGAAAAUGGAAGAGAUGGUUUGCCGGGACUUCCAGGUGGUUCUGCUGGGCAUUUCUUCGGAAUCGGUAAGGAAUUCAUAAAUGCAGAUUAUUUGCAUAUACAAGCAAACGGUGGCAAAGGAGGCCCAGGACAAAAUGGAGGAAAGGGUGCAGAUGGCAUCCCAGGUACAUCACUGCCAGAGUCAUUUUUUAAAAUUGACCAAAAUUUUGAAGAAAUUGAACAGUAUUUAAAAGCCAAUAAUUACUGCUACGAAUAUUGGGAUAACUUCAAACCAAAAGAAGUUCAGGUGACAUUUACAACUUCAUAUCAUUUAGAAGUCAAGGGUAAACCUGCAAAGAAACCAUCUAAUGGAGGAAAUGGUGGUAUCGGUGGCAAAGGAGGUUUAUCUGGUAAAAUUAUAAUUCAUGGCUUAAAGAGACCGAUCAUUGUGAAAACUUCCAACAAUACAGGUUCUGAAGGUAUUGGAGGACAAGGCGGAAUUGGUGGCGAAAAAACAUCGGAAGGUAAAACUGUUAAUUUUUACGCUGAAACUCUUGUAUCUUUAAUUUAUAGUAAAAAUUACAAAAAAGAUAUCAAAUGGACAGAUGGUGCUUUAAUUCCGGCAGCGAAAAAUGGAAAACCUGGCAUCAAUAUCAAUAAUCAAAAAUUACCAACUACCAAAUUAAUGGCGAAUUCAUACUUAGCAAUUAAUUCCUACAAAGAGUUUUUGAGAAUGAACCUACCCGAGAACAUCAAGGAAUCAGAAUUGAGAACUCUGAUUCACGAUAUUGAUACUGAUGAUUUCAUCAAUGCACAAUAUAAUACAAUUGCUUUUGUUAAGGAAUUCGAAGGAUUAGAGAGUCAAUAUCUUCAAUUAAGAAAUGAAAUAGAUUUCAUCCCAUUCUAUAAUUCGUUACUCCAUCGCAUUGAAGACUUUGCAAAGUCCGAAAAAAACUUACAGAACAAGAAAGUCCUCAGUUACAUAUACACAGCUACUCUAACCAAAGUCUUUACAUUAAAAAAGAAACGAAAAGGCAAGACUGUAGUCAAUUUGAACAAAUAUCUUAGCAUUAUUGAAUCGAACGUGAGGGAAUUUCGAAAAGAAAAACAAUUGGAAAUUAUUCAAAAUUAUCGCAUCGAUUAUGAAAAGAACUUGCAAAAUAAAAUUGACGAAGCAAAUAUGUUCAUAAAUAGUACCAUUGAACCUGAACUCGAUAGGCUUUGGGACGAAUCAGAUAAACAAGUGAAAAAACUUAUUGACGAAUUAAAUGAAAAGAAAAAUUCGACCGAAAAUGAAAUGUUAACACUAGAAAAGAAUAAGGAAAAAAUUCGUCAAAUGAUGACUUAUCGUUCCAUGCUUCUUCCACUUAAACUUUCUGGUACGGUUCUAAGUUUUUGCGGACCUAUUGGUGCUGGGGCUGGUGUAGCAUUGACAAGUACAGCAGCCAUAGCUGAAGGAUUAAUUGCUACUAAUAUUUUGCCCCAGGAUCAAAAGAAAAUAUUUUCACUAGACCCAACUCUGAAAUUAAUGUCACGAGUUACAGAAGUUUUGAAUAAUAAACCCAAACUAUUAGCUGAAAAACUUACCGCAGUGAUUGAAAAACUAGAUAAAAUCAAAGAGGAUCUCUCAACUUCACAAAAGGAUAAAAUCGAAAUUUCUCAAAAGACUGCAAUUCUAAAAGAACAACUUGAAGAAAUUAAACAAAGAAAAGCAAAUAAUAUACCACAAAUUGAAAAAAGGGAUAGAGAUUUAAAAAGAAUUGAGGAAGAACUUAAUGACUUCACAAAUUCAAGAAAAGAUAUUGUAGAAAAAGAAAUAAAGCUUUCCAAAGAGCUCACAACAGAAUCAAAACCCGAAGAAACAUUAAAAAAGGAAAAGAAACUUGAGAAACGUCUUCGUCGUAUCAAUGAUGUGCAAUCUGUUUUAAAUAGUGCCGAAGUAGCAUUUAGCUUCUGGCAAAAAAUAGAAAAUGACGAAGGGGAGAUAUCAAAAAUCAAUAAACAAAUUUUUGAAUAUAGUGAUGAAUUAAAAGUCAUUGAAAAAUUGGAAAAUCAAGUGUACGAAAUAGUGAUUCCUGAUCUACGACAAAUCGAAGAAACUAUCAAUGAAAUGAAAACUUCGUCAAAUGGAUCUUCACAUGCUAAAUUGGAUCUUAAUAAAUGGACAGUAAGAUCUACUUUAAAAGAUGUUAAAUCAAUGCUACAAAAAUUCACCCACAAGAUGAGUCACGAACUUCAGACUGAUUUAAUGCGUUUCAUGGAGAAGAUUGAUGAAGGAUUUUCUAUUCUAAUUGACAUUUAUGAUCGCAUUGAUUCCUACUCGGACAGUGUCAAACAAGCCAAUUAUAUGGCUCAUAUUGUAUCAGCACCAGUGAUGAGCAUUCAAGUGACUGACUCUGAAUUAAGUCAGGCACUAAAUAGCCUGAAUUUACUAAUACAAUCGAAUAUAUUAUUUGAAAAAUACGGCAUUGCAUUGCAAGCAUUCAAACAACAUUAUUUUCCAUUUGCCGCUCAUGUUAUGCAGAAAUUUCAACUUCCUGCCGACUUGAAGCUCAAUGAUAUUGAGUCAUUAAGGUUGAAUAUUAUUGACAGAAUUAAAGAAAUGAAAAAUCAUAUUGAUGAAAGUGAGGCGACAAUAAGUGACUAUAGCAAAUUCAUUCACAAUAGAAAUGUUUUUAACAGCAAUGAUGUUGGGUCUUUGCCAUUCUACGCCUGGAAUCAUGACACUAUUCAGGAUGAUAUCCAAAAAUUGUUAAAUGGAUCGGAGAUCUUAAUGAAGGCUGACAUAUCUAAAGGAUUGAAUUACAAUUCGGUGAAAUUUAAUGAUAUUGGAAUAAAUUUUAGAUUUAAAAAUGAAAAUUUGCAAAAUAAUUUCAAUUCUGUGCUGCGAAAUUUUGGCCUGACCAUGACUUUAGUUGGUAAUAAUUACUAUCGUUGUGGGGAACGAUACUAUUUCAUAUCAUUUGAUGACGCUAUUACAAUAUCUUACAAUCUUAAUAAGAACGAAGAUCCAAAUGAGGUGUAUAAAACUAUUCGAGAUAGUCACACUUUUCUCAGUCCUUAUGGAUUAUGGAGUAUAAGAUUGAGACAAGUUAAUAAAUCGGUUUCUUUUAAUCAGUUGAAGAAGUUUGCAAAUGAAUCAAUUGACAUGGAGCUGGUUGGUCGUGGAUAUUAUAUUGAACAGAAUCCUGAAUUUAAUUUUAAUGUUUGCAAUGAAUAUUUGGAUUCGUUUUAUUCUAUGGAAAAUAUUGUUAAAGAACUUAGUUAGAUUUUUUCAUUUCCUUUAAUGUUGUUUGAAGGCAUGUACAAAAUGUAGUGCUGACACUCUUAAAUGUAACGAGUAAACUAUUAAAUAAUUAUUUUAAAACAAAA